GUGCGUGCACCAACGUCACAGCAGAUCAAAUUCUUAUACUUUCUCCACCAUUUUGUUGUGACCUGACUUGUGUGUGAGAGAGUCUUCUUCUGAGUCGGUCUUUGAGUUCGAUUCGAGUAAACAAUAAGAAAGAAGGAAAGCAAGAAAAGAUGCACUUAAGCGAAAAUGAAGGCAUAGAAGGCAACACUUUUGUGGUGACGGGGGGGUUGGGGUUUGUGGGCUCCGCACUCUGCUUGGAGCUGCUUCGAAGAGGGGCUCACCAAGUCCGAGCCUUUGACCUCCGAACGACCUCCCCUUGGUCCGCCAAUCUCCGCCAACACGGCGUCCACUGCGUCCAAGGGGAUGUUACCCAUAAAAAAGAUGUUGAAAAGGCUCUGCGCGGAGCAGACUGUGUGUUCCACCUUGCUUCAUAUGGCAUGUCAGGGAAAGAAAUGCUGCAGUUUGGUCGUGUUGAUGAGGUCAAUAUAAAUGGAACCUGUCAUAUAUUAGACGCUUGUCUCGAGUUUGGGAUCCAAAGGCUUGUUUAUGUGAGCACGUACAAUGUUGUGUUUGGGGGAGAGGAGAUUGUCAAUGGGAAUGAGGCCUUGCGCUACUUCCCCAUUGAUAACCAUGUCGACCCGUAUGGCCGUAGUAAAUCAAUUGCCGAGCAGUUGGUCCUCAAGUACAAUGCUCGUCCCUUCAGGAAGAAGAGUGGGAAGUGCCUUUACACCUGUGCAGUUCGUCCAGCUGCUAUCUAUGGUCCAGGUGAAGAAAGGCACCUUCCAAGGAUAGUGUCUCUGGCAAAGUUAGGCCUAGUUCCAUUCAAAAUUGGCGAAGCAAAUGUGAAAACAGAUUGGAUUUAUGUCGAUAACCUCGUACUUGCACUGGUAAUGGCAAGCAUGGGACUUUUGGAUGACAUUCCUGGGAGAGAUAAAGAAAGACAUCCCAUAGCUGCUGGUCAGCCAUAUUUUGUAUCCGAUGGGUCUCCAGUCAACACCUUUGAGUUCAUCCGACCUCUGCUGAGAAGCUUGGAUUAUGACCUACCAAAGGCCUCCUUGUCUGUACCUCGUGCUCUUUCUUUAGGAAAGGUUUUUUGGGCUGUCUAUACUAUCUUGUAUCCAUGGUUAAAUCGAUGGUGGCUUCCUCAGCCAUUGAUCCUUCCUGCUGAAGUAUACAAGGUUGGUGUUACCCAUUACUUCUCUUUCCUUAAAGCAAAGGAGGAGCUUGGCUUUGUCCCAAUGGUGACUCCUCGAGAGGGAAUGGCUGCUACGAUCUCAUACUGGCAGGAGAGGAAAAGGAAAACUCUGGAUGGGCCUACAAUAUAUGCAUGGCUAUUUUGUGUGCUUGGAAUGGCCACACUAUUCUGUGCUGCUUAUCUGCCAGACAUUGGACCUGUGCCACUCUUCAGAGCUAUUAGCCUCUUCUUUCUCCGGUCAAUGAGAGUAGUUAGGACAACGUUUCUCCUAGCUGCAGCAGCACAUAUUGGAGAGGCUGUAUACGCGUGGAAGCUGGCAAAAAGGGUGGACCCUGCUAACUCAAGAGGAUGGUUUUGGCAGACCUUGGCUCUUGGGUUUUUUUCAUUACGUUUUCUGUUGAAGAGAGCACGGAAGGCAAGAGCUCCUCGUCACUAGUGCAUGCCUGUAGUGUUCGUAGAAUUUUAUAAGAUAGUGGUUUUAUGUAUGUUCUGUAUGAGAGAACAUGGUUUUAUGUACGUACAAUGCAAUACAUGUGUCUCUUACAAAAGGGUUGAAGCGAUGUGAUUCUCACAGUUUCAAAGUUUCCAGAGAUGGAAAUUCGUACGUUUGAUUAUAGUUUGGUUCGUUACUUAAAUAUCCCAAGCGAUUUGGCACUCCCA